AUGUGUUGUUUACAACGAUUGUUUUUAACUCUUGAAUUGACGCCUUUUGAAACAACCGACGCCAAGGAAUUCUGUCAACUAUUAAGACUAGACAAUCAACAACAAGACGUCCAAGAAUUUCAUACUUUAUUCUUUGACACUAUUGAGAAGAAUUUGUUAUUUCAUCCAAAUGGAGAGAAAAUACAAGCUUCAAUUAGACAACUUUUUCAGAGUUGUGUGUGUCAGACAAUCAGUUGUGAAUGUGGUCAUUCAACAAAUGCAGAAAGCGAAUAUCGUUCAUUAUUUAUCACCAUCGAUGGAUUUAAUUCUUUAAUCACUGCUAUUGACAGCUUCUUUAGGCCUGAACAACUUGCUGACUAUAAAUGUAGCAAUUGUCAAGAACAAGGAAAAUGUGUAAAAAAGAUGGAAUACACAACACUUCCUCAAGUGUUAAUUAUUCAAUUGAAUAGAUAUGUCUUUAAAAGUGCAAAUGAGCGUCAUCACAAACUAAAAACUGUAAUGCAAUAUCCGCGCCUGUUAAAAGCGAAAAAAUUUAAAUCUGGUGCUUUGAAUAAUGAAGAAUAUGAACUUUGUGCUGUUAUGAUACACGAAGGGGAUAAUGCGCAUUGUGGACAUUAUUAUGAUUUAAUUCGUGAUCCUUACACAAAGCAGUGGUUUACCUAUAAUGAUAAGGUUGUGUUUCUGAUUAUUUAA